UUUCCGAAUACUUUGGCGAAUAUGAAUAAAAAGAAUUGGUCAAUGAAAUGGGUCGUGGCAAAAUUCAUAGAUACUAAAGAUUAUAGUGUUCUUCCCAUAAAUUGGCUGGUAGAAAAUGAAACUGAAAAGUUGAUCACCAGCACAAUCAAAUUUUGUAAAUGGCCACCGAUAAGAUCUGUGACUAGCGAUGAUCUGAAUAAAGCUGUGAAACCAAAAGAUUCUUGGACACAGUAUGAAAUUAAGAUACUUGGCGGUAACAAAACUCACGACAACUUUAGUAAAGCAUGGCAUGUUCAAGUAGUGACUUCUGAUAAUGAAGAACCAGUGGCAAAAAAAAAAUGCAAUACUCCAGUGACUGAUAGUUCAGAUGACGAAGAUAUAGGUUUUGUUAUUGCUCCAGCUAUAUCUAAUAGUUUAUUGAUUGGUUCUCAAGACAUGACUUUUAAAGACAGCAUACCACAAUUGUCUACAACUCCAAUAUAUACAGAUAUGUCAAUUAUACCAACAGAGCCACAAUCAUCAACUGCUUCUUCAAUAUACAGAAAUAUAUCAAUAACAGAGCCACAAUCAUUUACUAAUCAAAUAACUUCAGAUCAACAUUCUGCAGAAAGGUCCAUCUUAGAACAGAUAUCUAAUUUUGAAGUAUAUCAAAAUGAGUUUAGCAGCUCACAACAGUCGCAACUCAUAAUAUCUUCAAAUGACGCCAACACAUCCACCAACACAAGUUUAAGAACGUAUGAAGGGUCCAUAACAUCUAGUAGAAGAGUAAAAAAUAUUGGAACCAUAUCGAAUCGUCAAUUUAAAAGGCGACUUAAAAAUGAACUUGAAACUUCCAAUCAAACAUUUAAUCCAACAGAAGUAAUAAAACCUUCCAUUGAACAUAGCAACAAUGUAAAGCCUAUCAAUGCAGAAAUUAGUUUGGAACCAUUAUUAUAUCAACAUUUACAAGAAGAAGUUAUGUUACCUGUAAUGGCACGUGCAUCUUAUAAUGAUAUUUCAAAAAGAGUUCAGCCAAUUUUUGAAAAAGAAGUUACUAAUGAAGAUUCAAAUCAAGACUUAAUAAAAAAACUUCGUAAAUGGGCUGUAAACUUUAAUGUGUCUCAUGGAAGUGCCAAUGAAAUAUUAUCCAUUCUGCGUAGUAUUGGUUUAAAGGUGCCAAAAGAUAUAAGAACUAUUUUACAUGAACAUAAGGCUAAUCAUCCAAUAAAUGAAAUUCAAAAUGGUUCCUAUCUAGAUAUAGGCAUAUUAAAUAUAAUCAAACCUCAUUUAGUCAAACAGAUAAAACAUAUUCCUAAUAAUAUAACUAUUAAAUUAAGUUUUAAUAUUGAUGGCCUGCCCUUAGCAAAGAGCUCAAAAACUCAGUUUUGGCCUAUCUUAUUAUCAUUUGUUAACUUACCUAUUUUUGUAAAAAAGAUUUUUCCUGUUGGUAUUUAUCAUAGUUAUAAAAGCAAACCUGGAAAUAUAAAUGAAUUUUUUAGACCAUUUAUAAUUGAGCUACAAAACUUAUUAACUUGCGGUAUUAAAAUUGAAAAUAAACAUAUAAACUUUGAAAUUGUUCAUAUUAUAGCUGACGCGCCAGCAAAAUCGUUCUUAUUGAAUGUCAAGAAUCAUAAUGGGUAUUUUUCUUGUAAUUCAUGUGAAAUAGAAGGAGAUUAUUUAGAAAAAAGAGUAUGCUUUUUAGGUGAGUCUGCUCCAUUACGUAGUAAUGAAUCAUUUAGAUCUAAAUCUAAUUCCGAGUAUCAUAAAGAUGGUGUAAGUCCUCUAAUAGAACUUCCUAUAGAUGUUACGAGCACAGUUGUCCUCGAUUAUAUGCAUUGUGUUUGCCAAGGGGUAAUGAAACGCCUUCUUGAGUUUUGGAUACGGGGGAAAAAACCAGUUAGAAUUAUAGAAGAAAAAAAAUCUAAUAUUUCUCUAUCUUUGUUCAAUUUAAGAAAGUCAGUACCAUCGGAAUUUGCUCGCCUGCCAAGAUCCCUCGAUGACCUUGAAUUUUGGAAAGCUACAGAAUUUAGAGAAAUUCUUCUAUAUACAGGGGUUAUUGUAUUGAAGUCGAAUUUAAAAAAAGAAUUUUAUGAACACUUUCUUCUAUUAGUUGUAUCGAUUCGAAUAUUAUGCUCAAAUCAAAUUAGUAAUGAAAAUAAUAAUUUAGCAUUAAAGCUUUUACGACAAUUUGUUGAAAACUAUUCAUCGCAUUAUGGUCCUCAAUUUAUUAACUAUAAUGUCCACAGUUUAAUCCACUUACCAUUUUAUGCACAUUUACAUGGAUCUUUGGAUAACUUUAGUGCAUUUAAAUAUGAAAACUAUCUUCAGAUACUCAAAAAGUCUAUGAAGUGUUGUAGAUACCCACUUUCUGAAAUUAAAAAUAAAAUAACCGCAUCUGAAGGAGAAGAAUUAAUAGCCGUUUCGACUUAUGAUGAGAAUAAUUUAAUUAAAUCUUUUAAGAUAAAUGAAAAUAUUUCAAAUUUUGGAACCACUUAUUAUAACCAAAUUACAUUAAAUUCCAACAAUUAUAUUCUUAGUUGUAGUAAUCCGAAAGAUCAGUGUAUCAUCUUGGAUGAUGACAGUAUUGCAAUAAUUCAAAAUAUAUAUAAACAAAAUUCAAAAAUUGAUAACACUAUUCAAUUAUCUGUUGUAAAAAUCUUAACUAUAAACGAUUUAUUUAUAAAACCAGUGCCCAGUAGACAUGUUGGAAUUUAUUUAAUUAAUACCAAUUGUAUAUCAAGUCCCUAUAAUAUUGUUUUAAACACUAGCUUAAACAUCAAUUCUAUAUUUUUAUUUCAAAAUCAAUAA